CUUUCGUCGUUCGUUGACCGCGUCCACCGGCAAACACACCAAAAAAAAAAAAUGCCCAGCAAGAGGAAGAAGAACAAGCGUCGCAUGAGGAGGGUGCAGGCGCAGAGGAGAGCCCUUGAAGAGCAGCAUGCGGCCAACCCGCCAGUCAAAGCAAGCCCUGGGAUUGCAGUAAGUGCGCCCCCCGGCACAACCCCAAAGAAAGCGGCUAAAACUCCAGCACGAGCUCCAGAAAAGGUCCAAGAGACCGUUCCCAUUGCUGUCCCCAUUGCGGAGACGCCCAGAAUAGAACCGAAACUAAUUGUGAAAGAACCUGUCGUAGAGCCCGUCCCAGACAAAGUAGAAGCACCAGAGCCUGAGGCCGUGGUGCUGGAACAGACUCCAGCAGAAGUUGAGGUUGAAGUCCCAGCACCGGUCCCCGAAGAAGCACCAGUCGUCGAGACUCCACCAGCUGUAGAAGCACCAGAGCCUGAGGCUGUGGUGCUGGAACAGACUCCAGCAGAAGUUGAGGUUGAAGUCCCAGCACCGGUCACCGAAGAAGCACCAGUCGUCGAGACUCCACCAGCGGUAGAAGCACCAGAGCCUGAGGCCGUGGUGCUGGAACAGACUCCAGCAGAAGUUGAGGUUGAAGUCCCAGCACCGGUCACCGAAGAAGCACCAGUCGUCGAGACUCCACCAGUGGUGCCCACUGUAGUUGAAGCUGCUGUAGUACAGGAGGCUGAGCUUAUCAUUCCCGAAAUAGAACCAGUAACUGAGGUCACACCCCCAGCUGAGGCGCCAGUGGCAGCUCCUGCUGAUACUGAAGUUCGGUCGGUUGAGGCUGCAGUCAUAACGCCAGAGACUGAAGAGACUCAUGAUGUCUGCGAGCCAGAGACUGAGUCGGAGCCCGAGGCCUCGGCAGAGGAAGACACAGUCACUGAGGUGGAGGUGGAAGUGGCCGUCGCAGAGGACGCCGCCACACCGGAGCCCGUAACUGAAGCCACUGAAGAACCGGUGGUAGAAGCGCAUAGCGGUGGCCAAGUUUCCGCGGAGGCAGAACCCGCUGCGUCUGAGGCGGUUACAGAAACAGUCGUGGAAUCGGUGGAGGAGGAUAUCACGGAGAUACCUGAGCCUGAGCAGGUGACUGAAGCGGUCGUCGGUCCUGCGGCUCCAGCUGAGGAGGAAGAGGUUGAAGCCGAAGUAGAAGUGUUAGCUGAAGAAGGCGCACCGGAAGUCCCUGCUGAGCCCGUUACAAUCGCAGAGGACGCUCCUGCCGAAUCUGCGGAAGUCCCAGUGGUGCCAGAUGCCGUCCCUGAGGCUCCGGUAGAAGAGGCUGAAACUCCCGUAACUGAAGGCGAAGAGGCUCCUGCCACCCAGGACGUUGCUGACACGCUGGUUGAUGACUUUGUCGUCACGGAAUCCGUCUCAGCAGUGGAGGGUGCCAUUGCUGAGUCUGUUGCUGUCCAGCAGGAUAUCGUGGGCACCCUCAACGCCCAAACAGAAUGUGUGGAUGUGACCCCUGCUGAGCCUGAGCCUGAGCCUGAGCCUGAGCUUAAGCCUGAGCCUGAGCCUGAGCCUGAGCCUGAGCCUCCUGAGCCUGAGGCUGAACCUGAGCCUGAACCUGAACCUGAGCCUGAACCUGAACCUGAGCCUGAGGCUGAGCCUGAGGCUGAACAUGAGGCUGAACAUGAGGCUGAACCUGAGGCUGAGCCUGAGGCUGAGCCUAAGGCUGAGCCUAAGGCUGAGCCUGAGCUUGAGCCUGAGCCUGAGCUUGUGCCUGAGCUCAUUCCUGAGCUUGUGCCCGAGCCUGCUACUGCCCCUGCAGUGGAAAUGGUUGUUGAUGCUACUGCUGAGCAGACAUGUCUAGAUGUGCUGUCAGAAGAACCUAAGUCAGAAAUCUGUGACAUGCCAUGUCAGAUGCAGCUCACUGUGGAGUCUGUACAGCUCAACUCAGUGGACAUGCCAGUUGAGACAGCGUUGAAUGGACACAUCGUUCCAGAGGUCUCCAUUGAGGGCUAGAUCCCCACCACUCAGUUUGGAAGACCUUUUUUGUCUUUAUUCCCCUUUGGUCACUUGAAGGACUCAAAGCUUUAAUGGGAGUCAACCAGCUGACCGUUUUUUUUUAUUUUUUUGCUUUUUUUUUUUUUUUUUUAAUAUAGGGCUUACGACAGAACCGCCAGGAAAUCGAGGGAACAUCCACACUUUGAAGUGCCUUUCCUGCCUUGGUUCCUGUCAAAACACCAAACCAGAUGUUAACAUGCCAAAACUGCUGCAUUCAAGGCAGCAGAACAGACUGUUGUCAUAAGUUCUCAGAAAUAGAAACAAACAUAUUGUGGCUCCUUUUAAUCUGUAUUUCUUCCAGGAGGCAUGUACAGUGAUUUUACAUUAGCAGUAGAAGCAGAAGUUGUUGAGAGAUGGAGAUUCCUAAAACAAGAUAAAUGGCAGUGCCUGGCAUUUCGUACGUGUUCCCAUCUCUCCAGAACAUCUGCUUCAGCACUGCAUACACUCAGUGCAUGUGAAUACUGUAGCAUCGGUGAAAGUGGCUAUAGUUUGUACUUGGGCCUAUGUUCAUACUUACGGGUGGGAGGGGCAACUUUUUCUGUUGUUUUUCCAAUCCCCUUCUCAAAAUCACAGAUUUUGCUCGACAGGCUCUCUUUACUAAGAGUCGGAGCUUCAAACUUCACCCUAGCCUCUUUUUCUGCCUCCUUCUCCUUCCUCCAAUUCUCCUCUCUGCCUCCACUAAGUCCCAAUGCUUACAUUUGUCUGAUGCUAAAACAGAUCCCAAGAGUAGAGUUUUAGGAUUUAUUGCUCCAGUGGCCUAUGGAGAAUGGUGGAUAUGAAGGGGGACGAACUCAGAGGCCAAUUUUGCGUCUUUUUUUCCCUCACUUUCUCCUUUUUUAAUUCAUUUUUGUAUAGACCAUAUGAUGCGCUACAGUUUUUAUGUUCAAAGUCUGCGCUCUGGAGGGGAGAAGUGACAUGAUGUGAUCUGGUGAUGAGGAUCACCAGUUGGCUGUUUGAUGGUUUGACUUCAAUCAAACUUUGAAAUAAAGCUGUAACUCAUCGUGAUGCUGGAGUACGUGUUUCACUUUGGAAUCCAGAGAUAGGAUCAAACUAAAAAUCAGA